AUGGUUUAUCCCCAGCUGCCGUCCUACAUGAGCAACAACGGCCUCGACAACAGCGAUGCCUCCUCCUCCCAGAUGGGGCUUGACUCUAUCACACUCGGCCAGCUCAAGGCCAUGCAGUCCUAUUAUGACUUCAAGUAUGAUGAUGAGGACACUGUCCUUAACGAGAUUGAGGAGUUCUACUCGUAUGUGGAGAUGCCCCAGGUCGCAGAGAACCUCAAGGCAUGGGAAGGUUCCUUCCAGGGAGUGUGGAUCGAGAGUUCUCCUGCACAGCGCAGGGUCCACAUAGAGGUGCUGCUUGAGAGCUUGGAGCACCGUGAUGCGGAGAUCCGCUUUACGAACGCCCGGAGACUCCUUUACGUUCUCCAAGGCACUUUUGCCGAGACGUCAUCACCUGAGCAUCAGCUGCACUGGAUUGUGGAGAACUGCAAACUCGUGCGCGAUGCCAAUGGCAUCAGUAACAUUGUCGAGGCCAUCAAGAUUGCGAGCGCAAAACAUGACUUGUUAUGCAGCCUCUCUGAAGCAGAAGCUAAGCGGUUCAAUAUAUCCGAGCAGGAAAAGAUGGAUUUCAUGGAGGAAGUCACGACUGAGCUUUCUGUCUACCUGGGAAUGCUAUAUCACAUGGUAGAGGUUUUCAAGAGUCAUGAUGACUUUGCCGACGAGUUGAUGAGCUUAGACCCUCCCUUGCCCGUUUAUCUCUUCAACGUGGUGGCCGGGUUGCGCGACAAGAGCGCCAAGGGCUAUCCCGUGAAGAAGCUUCUCCUAGUACUGUGGAAGACGAUCCUUGCAUGCUGUGGCGGCAUCCGAGAGCUUGCACGUGUGAAGAAACUUGCCCGAGAACUCGCCGGGCUGCCCCCGGUGCAAGAGGAAGCCAUUCCGAUCAAGGCGUCGCCCCUCGAUAUCGAGGCAUUCCGGCAGGAAAUAUCUGUCAAGUAUCCGACAUUCACGCCUGCGCCUGUCAUCGCGCCUGUUUCCGUGCCCGUUGUCACAUCCAAACUUGCGCAGGCAUACUCGCCCAUACCCGUCAGGCACCAUUAUGACCAUGACGACGUCGAGUCACAGCAGUCGGGCAUGGGACCCGGGUCUCAGGGUCUUCCCUUCCAUUCAUUACAGCAGGGGAGUGGUUUCAGGUCCAUGCCGCAGCCUGCCACGCCCGCGCCGUCUCCACCUCCAUCACCGAAGCCGAAGAAGCAGCAGUUUCAAACGGAUCAGAGUCGUCCAUUUUUGUUUCCGUUUUCGCGCAGUCAGGCGGGCUACAACGGCUCGCGCUUAGUGCCGUUCGCGAUCGACGAGGCAGACAAGCUGUACACACGGCAUAUGUAUGUCAGUCUUGAACUGUGGCAGAUGUGGAAGACACGGGAAGAGUGCAUGACUGCGGAGAGCGGACUGGAACACAUGCCCGGGUCAGGUCCCAUUGUCGAACCCAAACUUGCACCCACGCUCUCACCAGAAGACGAGACCACGGAGACGUUGCCGGAUGUCACUAUUCUUGAUGCCAAGAUUUCGGAGGUGGAAGCAGCAAUGACGAAAGCUGAGUCAAGUUCCGAAAAGAGGAAGGCACAAGAGCGGAAGGAAGACCUCCUGCGGCUGAAGAGAGUAGAGCAGAUCUAUAGCGCUGUGCUGCCCGUCCUUUCAGGAUGGGUUCUCGUUCUAUUGAAGCUUUUGCUCGCAACGGUAUCGGCUGCUCCUGGUGUGCAAUCUCAAUCUGCAUCUUCUGCUGGAUUCCCUCCUGGCAUGCCAUCCCCUCUUGAGCAACCCUCUGCUCCUCCACCGACUCUGGAUGAAAUCGAUGUGACUCGGCACCGAGAGAUCACAUCGAAAGCAGUUUCUGCGAUUCUGCUACUCACCCUCAAAUGGUUCAAGGUGUCUCAUGCGAUGAAGUUUCAUCAUCUGGGACAGCAAUUGCUUGACACGAACUGCUUACUUCUGAUACUCAAGAUGUUUGGUCUGCAGGAGGUCUCGCAGACCCUCGUGUCGAAGGCAGACUCGCCUGAAAACAAUUUCUUUCGGUAUUGCCAGACGAACUUCUCCAAGAAUCCUCAGCCUGCAGGGCCAGAAGAUCACAUGCUGAAACCACCCCGCCAGACGAUUACUCGGACUACAAUCUUGCCAAAUGGCAUGGUGCAUGACGAGGAGGUCGAUCUUCUAACCGAGUUCUCGUGGCGCAACUUCUUCUCCAUUAUCAACUUUGCGAAGAUCAUGCAGAAGUUAUCGAAACAUCGAUCACAUCGAAUCAGGAUGUUAGUGCAAUACAAGAGCUCGGCGGUGCUGAAGCGCAUACUGAAAGUGCAGCAUCCCGUGCUGCAGCUGCAUGUCCUGAAACUGAUUAAGAGUCAAGUGCCAUUCUGCGGACGGAAAUGGCGUCAAUCGAACAUGCAGGUCAUCACUGCGAUCUAUCUGAAUUGCAGACCGGACCUGAGAGAUGAAUGGCUCUUGGGCAUCGAGGUGGAUGAUGUGAUGGAUGCGCAGGCGCAGGAACAGGCGCUCCGGCAUUUGGUUAAGUUUUACAACACGACGAGAUACGGUGCAGCUGCGGCACAUCAGCCGGGGACUCAUAGACGUGCUGCAAGUAUUUCACACCAUCUCGAGGGGUUGCACCCUGGGCCUGAGCUGUCCGGUCUCAUUCGCCCUGUGGGAACACCGAACACGACCGACGCUGACGUGUUCCCGCCGCUGCGAGCGCAAGCCCCCGAUCCGUCCAUCUUCUUGCCGUAUAUCACCGAAGACAUCGCCUUCGAAGAGGAAUACGAAGAGUAUUUGUCUGACCUUGGCUGGUCCGAUGACCAGCCUUCCCAGGGACCGCUAUUCGGGGGUACAUCUGCAUGGCACAGGCUUCCCGAAUUUGCCGCAGACAUCGCCGAUGGCAUCAGUGACAGUGAAAGUAUUGUUUCCAUCGGCGAGCUCGGCGACGAGGCACGCUUGGAUGUUGGACGCGAUGAUCGCGAUAUUCCUGAUGAGAACCGGAAUAACUGGGAGCAUAUGAGUCCCAAAACCAUGGCAGCGCUAGCGAAUUCCCCCCAUGGGGGACGCCGAUCGAGUUCUGGAAGUGGCCUCCGACCCGUGCUACCGUUUGAGCUGGAUGAGAGCAGUGCCAUUGUCGACGAAACUGAAGACGAUGAACAGGAAUUGGGACCGAUGCCCAGGGAAUCAUCCGGUCCAUUCCAAGCAGGUGGGGGAGUAGAUGAAGUCGAGUAUGCCUUUGGGUACGUUUGA